AUGGAGAUCGAAGAACUCCGAGAAGCCCAAAAAUCGGACAAGCAACCACAUCGGAGAGAUGAAGAAAAAACUUUCAGAUCGCCAGGCAGCAGAUACACUAAGAGACCUUCCAAGCCCACGUCAAAAUACAACACAUACACCAGAUUCAAUACCAGAAGAGAAAACAUCAUCAGAGAAAUCCUUAAUGCCAAAAUCAUAAAGCCACCAGUUCGAGCAGGAAACUACCAGGAUCAAAGGUUCAUGGAUAGGACAAAGCAUUGUGCCUUCCACCGGAAGUUUGGACACACCACGGACGACUGCAUAGUCGUGAAGGACCUCCUAGAAAGGCUGGCACGCCAAGGGCUCUUGGACAAAUACAUCGAGAGCCGGAAGGGCAGAGGGGGAAACUCAGACAGAGUAGGGCACAAGCAAGCAGUGGCUGACGAUAACAAAAAAGAGAGGACGACUCCAGAUCCACCAAGAGGAGUCAUUAGCCACAUAUCAGGAGGAUUCGCAGGCAAAGGAGAAACAAGCUCGGCCAGGAAGCGGAGCUACAGGGCGAUGCUAGCAAUCAAAGGAACCAUACAGCCAAAGAAGGACAAAGACCCAGACGUCACAAUAUGCUUCAAACAAGCAGACUUCAGAUCGGCAAGCCCUAACCUCGACGACCCCGUGGUAAUUUCCAUCCAGGUUGGAGAACUAUUGGUAAGAAAAACAUUGCUGGAUCCAGGUAGUAGUGCUGACGUUUUAUUUUAUUCUACCUUUAUAAAGAUGAAAUUAUCAAAAAAAUUGAUACAGCCCUCCUCGGGAGAGCUAAUUGGGUUCUCCGGAGAGAGAGUCCCCAUCAUGGGACACAUAUGGCUAAAGACCACAAUGAAAGAAAUCCCUAUGUCAAAAUCAAUUGAUAUUCAAUACCUAAUAGUAGACUGUUAUAGCCCUUACAAUAUUAUAAUUGGAAGACUGAUGAACGGAUUUUUGACGGUUUAG